GUUUGCAGUUUGUUUUAUUUCGCGCAACUGAAUGUAAUACAGCAUUUAGUUCAAUCAUUGGUUUGCAGGAGGAAAAUGUAUUAUUAAUUGCUGAAUUAACAUAGGAAACGUAAAUAAAUAAGAUGUCACCCUUCACACCUAUCAUUUUGGUCGGAGAGAAUUUGGGACUCCGACAUCGCCACCUCAACUCUGUGGUCACUGAGACGAUUCAACAAUGUGUCCCAUUUCAACAGAUACAAGAUCUUCCAGAACAAACUCCUGUAGAUAGACUCUUCAAGAUAGACCUAGCCUCCAAACUGAGAAAUGUUGACUACAUUCUGCAAAACAUCAAGGACGAAGACAUGUUGUACGUCAGCAGGGCGUUGAAAGCCAAGUGGCUCUUGGAACAACAACACCAGAGCAUCAUUAAUCCCAAGUAUUUGGAAGAAAACCUAUAUCCAUACAUGGUCACUACAGCUGUGAGUAAAUUUAAGAACUGGCUGUAUCUACAUUUAAAAGAUCCGCAAAGAUGUGAAGAUUUUUAUAAAUAUUACUCAGAAAGCAAAUUCAAUUACGCGAUAAAAUUUCUAGGCCGCUGCCACGUCGAGUUUAUAAUAUCAGAAGCGCCAAAUAUUUUAGAGAAACUCUCGCCUCACCACUUCAAAAUUUUAUGUGAGAAAUGUCCGCAAGUGGCGAAGAUAUAUUUCGAUAAUAUACUCGAUGACGAUGAACUAAAAAUAAAGUUUUUGGACCAUAAUCAGGGUUUCUAUAACAGUUUGAAAGUGGUAUUAAAGUUAGACGCUCACAUAUUUUUCGAAAUCACAGAAAAAUAUUUCGGUAAUAGGUAUAAUCGCUCCUUCACGAAAUACAUAAUGGCUCACCACAGGGACAGGGUCGACAAGAAGCCGGAGCUGUACGCGAGCAUGUUGUUAAACAUGCAAGCUCUAGCGGAGUGUUUGAGUUCAGAGGAGUCUAAGGAGUUCGUUCUUAUACUAGCUCGCGCAUCCUACCUCAGUAACCACGUGGAUUACAAGUUCGUUGAACCCUCAUUAAGAGGCUCCCUGUUAAAGAGAGAGCAGCUUUUAAGAAACUUGUUUUUGUGGAAAAAGCGGUAGGGGAACUGGUCGAGGCUUGGCCAUAUGAAAUACCGUCUUUACCGAUAAGACACAACUAUGACAACCAUAUAUUUAAAGACAGAAGUUAUCCUCACUAUGGCCGUAAAGUCAUGAAACGCAUUAUUAAAAAAAAAAAGGGGAAAU